AUGAACACGCUCCUCCAUCGAGCUAUCAGCACGGCCCCCGAGAUCGAUAGGAUCGUCGAAGUAACUCGGCAGUCACCAUUCACUCAACGGGUAGCACGGGCUGCCAUACCAAACGUCAAGCUGAAGCUUCCGAUCUACCAAGGAGACAAAGAUCCGGUCCAGUUCAUGACAUCCUUCAUGGCAACCAUGUCAAAGGCACGAUUCACCGACGAACAGAGAGAUGCCGGUUGCUGUCAGCUAUUCGUAGAUAGCCUUUCCGGCCCUGCCUUGGUAUGGUUCACAAGGCUCGAGCCGAACUCGAUUGACAACUUCGAUGACUUAUCUAAGGCCUUCCUCAAGAACUACCGAAUCCUCAUCGAACGAGGCGUGACGAGUUCAGAUCUAUGGGAGAUGGCCCAGGAACGGGGAGAACCCAUCGCCAACUACUUGAACAGGUUCAAGGAAAAGCUGACAAAGGUCAACGUCCCGGAGGAUGCGGCAAUGGCAGCCUUCAGAAAGGGCCUGAUCCCUGGAUCACCAUUACGAAAGGACCUCAACAUCCGGGAACCCAAGGACCUCGAUGACGCGCUGCAUCGAGCCUCCAGAUUCGCACUGGACGAGGAGGAGGAAGCCCGAAUAGCCGCAAAAACCCAGGACGAACAACCAUCGCAUCCCCCUAAGGUUAAAAACCGGGUCGAACACCACGAGCCCCGCAAGCACCAUGAACCUCAAGAUCGCAAAAAGGGGGUCAUCCACGCAGUCUCCGAGGUGGACGAUCAAGAGAAGCAGCCAUCCGAUCCGAAGGAACUCUACUGUGAUUUUCACACAUACCCCGGUCACUCCACACAAGAGUGCGUCCACCUGAAAAACUACCUGUACGUGAAGUAUCUCUCCGGAGAAGUUGAAGCUACUUAUCAGCCAAAAAGCGCUCGUGGAGGCAGAGGUCGCCGAGGGGGAUGGCGCGGAGGACGAUCUAACCGAGGCCAUGGUGCAGGCGGCGGACGGGGUUAUGAUGGACCACCCAACGCAGCCCAACAGCUGGUCAACCAAGCACCCGCCAAUCAUCAGGAGGAGGCGCCCCAAGCAGACGAACUGCCUGGCCCUCCCAAACGACAGAGGGGACAAAACCCGGAGCGGGUCAAUUCUCCUCCCCGUGGACGAAUAACCACGAUACUUGGUCCACCAGAGGACUGCGCAGACUCCGUUCGCGCACUAAAAAAGAGGCACGACAAGUUUGCGUCCUUCAAACUGCUCCGAGCGAGCCUUCACUCUGUUCGGACCCGAUAUCAUUCACUUUGGAGGAUGCCAAAGGGAUCCAACACCCCCAUUCAGACCCUUUGGUUAUCGAAGUCUCGAUGGGCGACUUCGACGUCGAGCGAGUCCUGA